AUGCGGGUCCUAUCGUUCAUUCUCGCGGCUUUGGCUGGUGCCACCGUGGGGGUCGUUGGUGCUGCCGAUGAUCCUCAGAAAGUAUUGAGUUCUGGUACGACGAAGGGGUUCAUGGGUGGUUUGGGUCUUGACGCACUGGUUACUAGUACUAGGGAAGAUGCGCAGAGUCCUCUGUCGUGCGGUGGUUGUGAGGCGGUCUUACUACAACUCAAGCUGCUUGCCUCACAAGGAGACGGUUUCUUCGUCUCUGUUACAACGGCGCUAUGUAAACGAGCCGGGAUCCAAGACCCCGACGUCUGCGAAGGCACCAUCGCCCUCGAGGGUCCAAUUAUUGCACACGGGCUGCGUGGGUUAGUUCUCGGAUCUCGCACUUCGCGGCUUGCAUGCGUGGCGUUUAUGGGCUUGUGUGCACAUCCCGAGGUCGCGCCGCAUAAUGUGUCGUUUCCGUCUCCUGGCGAUGGGCAUGGGAGGCCAUUGCCGAGUAACUUGGAUCCGAUAUACGUUGUUCAUUUCUCGGAUAUACAUGUUGAUCCGCAAUAUGUCGUUGGUGCGAAUGCGAAUUGUUCGAAGCCGAUUUGUUGCAGGGAAUACACCGACAGCGACAAACCAGGCCAGAACGAUUUCCCGGCUGGCUUCAAUGGCGAACACACAUGCGACGCUCCCGUUACUCUAGAGGAAAGCAUGUACGCAGCGAUCAAGAAAAUCGUACCUCACGUCUAUUUCAGCAUAUUCACGGGUGACAUCGUGGAUCACGCUGUCUGGGAUACCUCCCGCGCACAGAAUACAUUCGGCAUCGCAGAUGCAUACGGGCGAAUGUCUGCGGCGGGGUUAAACCCCGUUUACGGUACCGCUGGAAACCACGAAGCAUCGCCCGCAAAUUCGUUCCCACCCGUAGCGGAAGAUGGAUCUGGAAGUGAUGGAGAUAGCAAUACCUCGCAGUGGUUAUACGAUCUCCUAGCCUCGGCUUGGUCCCAGUGGAUCGGACCCAGUGCUGCGGAUACGACGAGGCAGUUUGGGGGAUACUCGGCGCGAUUUACGAAUUAUAAGAUUGGCUACGGUAAACUUAGCACUGGUAAGCUACGUGUUAUAUCGCUUAGCACGAAUAUGUACUACGCGCAUAACUAUUGGCUGUAUGAGGAGCCUAUGCAGAAAGAUCCGAGCGGACAGUUGGCAUGGUUGGUUGGUGAGCUGGAUGCUGCGGAGAAAGCGGGUGAGGCUGUGUAUAUUAUCGGACAUAUGCCUUUGGGAAGUCGGGAUGCGUUUCAUGAUGGGUCGAAUUACCUUGACCAGAUCGUGAAGAGGUAUUCUGGUACGAUCGCAGCUAUGUUUUUUGGCCACACGCACUUCGACGAAUUCGAGCUCUCAUAUGCCGAUUACAACAACAAAUCCCACGCCAACGCAUUGGUAACAUCGUACAUCGCGCCGUCCAUGACACCGACUUCGGGUCAUCCCGCCUUCCGUGUGUAUACCGUGGAUCCGGUGAACUUUGCUGUUCUUGACGCUACGACCUACAUCGCCAAUACGAGCGACCCCUCCUUCCAUACAUCAGGACCAAAAUGGACCAAAUACUACUCGGCACGGGAGGCCUACGGGCCGCUUGUCGGGCUGGAUUUAUCUUCUGGGCGCGUGCCAAAGGAUUUCCAGGUACAAGAUCUGUCACCUGCGUUUUGGCAUAACGUGACCGAGGUCUUGGAGCGCAACGCAACGGCAUUUAAUGAAUACUUUGCAAGGAGAAGACGAGGGUGGAAUGUGGACGAGUGUGAUGAGCAAUGUAGAAAGGCGGAAAUAUGCAAGUUGAGGGCCGCAAGGGCGCAGGAUAAUUGUAUACCUCCUGGUCUUAAAUUUGAUAGACUUGCCGAAGGGGGAGAGGCGGGCGUGCUACUUGACGAGGAGGAUGAGUGCGGAGAAUCAAUUAUACGGGAUACGCUGGGGAUGUUGGUUAGAGAUGUGGAUAUGUUAAGAAUGUUUGAGGAAAUUGUCGUUGAGAAGGGACUGUUAUAA